UCCAGAUCCGCCCCUGCUCUCCGCCCGAAUCGCCAUGGCGGGGCAGUCCGACCCGCAUCUCUCCCUCUUCUCGCCCUCCGAGGUGGAGUUCGUGGCGGAGGACGAGAUCGUCGAGAUCGUCCCCAACAUCCUCAUGGAGGCCCUCAACAUGAUCUGCGGGGAUUUCGGACCCUUCUUCCCCCAAAUUCCAAGCAAGGUCCCUCUGUGGCUCGCUGUGGGGCUCAAGAGGCGUGGCAAGUGCACCAUACGUGCACCCGAGUGGAUGACUGUUGGUGAGUGUUUGUUCGCUCGCUUGUUUUAG